AUAACGAAACGACGAAACGCCACAACGAAGCGACGAAUCGAACAUUUUGUCCAGGAUCUACCUUCAUAGUUUUACGCCGAAAAGCUACGGUACUAGUUGGAAGAUGAGAGUUAUCCCAAACAACUGUGUUUCCGAAAUUAAAUUCCCAGAGAGUAUAGAAAGGGCAGAUGGUUUUGAUUAUAAUCCAGUUUUGGAUGUUUUUGUAACGUUCGAUUAUGACUAUGGGAUGGGUGCAUCCUUUUGGUAUCCCUCCACUGGAAAAGUUCUUGCUACAUUCGAAAAUCUUUAUAACUUCGAUGAAGUGCUGUUUUUACGAGAUAAUUUCCUGGCUGUAAAUUGGUCUGAGGCACAUCACGGUAGUUUCAUAAAGAUAUAUCCCCUUGACUCUCCUUGUCCUGACAGUGUACUAUAUGAAAUUGAUUCCAAAGAUCUUCCCGUGCAAGAACCCAUACCCAGGGCUUUGUCUCCUGGAGGAAAUCUCCUUGUUUCUGAAGCACUUGAUGGCGGAGGUAUUCACGAGAUAUUUUGGAGAGAAUCGAAAUCAAGAGAAAUAAUUCCUUCCACCAAGGGAAACCAUAGGAUUUUGAACCUUUGCUGUUCACAGAAUUUCGAUGUUGCAUUUGGACUUGGACAUUACGGUGUGAUAUCAUUAAAAGUGACCGGAUUUAGCACAGAGGGGAAGGCCCAAAUCCAGAGGCAAGAGAAAAUCACACAUUAUAUACUUGGUGGAGAAAAAAAAGAAGCCGGAUGCACUGGAAUUGCCCAUGAUGGACAAAACCUUAUCAUUGCCGCAAACAAUGAAAUAGUGUUGCUGGAGUCAGCAACAGAAGGGAGCAAUGCACUUCUUAUUGCAUCGGGAAUACAACCUAUUGGACAGAUAAGGAUAAACCAUGAAGGCCAAUUGAUGGUCUGUGAAGGAAAUGCAAUCAAGUUGUAUGAGUACAAGAAUGAAGUUAAGUCACUUCUAAGUUUAUGCCGACAUAACAUCAGAGAAACAAUUCGCACUAAUUUUGUUGGAAAAGAAUACAUUUCAGUAAUUCCAUCUUCACUGGAAAAUGGUGAUGGCAAUGCUAAUGAUGGCGAUGAUGAUGAUGAGGAUGAUGAGGAUGAUGAUGAUAGUUAUGAUGAUGCUGAUAUCAGAGGACCAAUUCCCACUUACUAUGCUGAUGUAGUACGCAACUUAGCUAUUCCUUCCUCACUGAAAGAUUACCUAUUGUACAAGUCAGUUUAAGCCAGAAGUGGAGGUGAAUAGUGGUGGAUAUUUAUCAAGUCAUGACAUGGUGAGCAGCUUGGAGAUGAGAAGUACUUACGAAUCUCUUCCAAAUUGGCCAAUCAGGGUGUGCAAUCUUUACCUGUGUGGUGUAUACUAACUAGAUUUAGGGACUAUAAAUCCUCAUCAGUUAAACCAAGGUUAUUGUGGGUCUUGUCUUUUCUCUAAUAGCAGGGGAUUAAUUGUUAAUAUCACUUACCAAAUAAAAUGAAAGGGAAAUGAUAGAAUGAAAGAAUGAUUUUUGCUCUUUCCUUGAGUAAAGUGUACUUAGAGAGUUGCUUUCCCAAUGGGAAAUCAAAAUAAUGAUAAUUAUGUUAUAUCCUUUAAGAGGAAUGUGAUAUCCAGAUAUUAGUAUAGAACUGUAACAAUUACUAUAACAUAACUAAGGUCUAGGUA